AAAAAAAAAAAAAAACUGGUGUGCCCCGGGAAGGAGAGAUAUGGAGGACGCAAAUCAACCCGCCGCCGCCGGCGGCGAUGAAAUCCGUUGGGUUUGGUGGGGUGCAGGAAGCGCCAUGCUAACGGGCUGCGGCAUUUCGUCGCUCCGGAGAGGCUACGACGGAUCCUGUGGUCUGAUGCCGCUUAAGGCCUUCGCGGUCGCCUCCCUCUUCGUCGGCUCCGCGGCCGCAGCCUCCGUUUCCGCCCUUCACGCUUCCGGCAUCCACAAGGUCGAGGACUUCGUUCAGGCAGGGGCAAAUUUGAGGGCUCGACUUGGGAUUCCUUCAAGACCACACCACCACAAAAGGAAAUGAAUGAUUCAGCUAUUGUGUUCGUAGCGUGUGUUUGAAUUGAACAACCGAGCUUCUUGUCUCGCCAUAAUCGACGAAGAAGCGAAGCGCGGCAGGAGUAGUGCUCAAAUUGAGUUGAAGCUG